AAAUGAUGAUAACAUAAAACCAUGGGCGACUUUUGAAAGGACUAUCUGGUAAAGUAUCUACCAAACCACAUUUCCGUAUUAAGUUCCUGAAUCCGGCAGUGUAUACUUCAAACCAAUGUAAAGAGAUUGUAUUACGAUGUAGUAUCACUGUAUAUUAUAACUAGAACACAUGAUUUUAUGCACAUAUUGCACAUAGACUAGUAGAGCUUAUUAUAUAUGAGGGCAGGACUGCAGCUAUGUUGCGAAUCUCUACAUUGCUUUUGAGGAAGAUGUGAUAACAAUAAUUGUGAUCAAUUAAUUGAUGGGAGCACCGCAUUGCUCGACACGGAUUUGGAACAAAUCGACGAAAAAUUCGUAAAAUAAUUUGGUGAAUCUAUUGGAGGAUUGACUAUAUUUGAGGAAAUGAUGACAGACAAGUAAUUGUGAUGUGAGCUGGAUAUAAAACAUGGAUGGAACAACUGAAGCCAAAAUAAAAAAGCGUGCAAGCUACGUGAAAGGUCUAGUCAGUCUGACAACUCCUCUAAGUGAGACCGAACUCUUGAAGUUAUCUGAAGAGAUCAGUCCCAACGACUGGCGAAAGCUCUGCUUCCGACUAGGAAUCGAUGAACCAACUAUAGCCCGAGCAGAGAGGGAAAACCAGGCCCAUUUAGCUGGAGGAAUCUACAAGACUUUGACACAAUGGAAGCAAGAUCAGCUGGAGAACGAGGAGAGGGCGGUGUUGCUUGAAGCUCUCAUUUCUUGUGGAUUACGACGUCUGGAAGAUAGACUAACGAGAGGUUUCCCAAAGCGCAUCGGGAGUGUACAUGCACAAGGACCUUUCUGUUCCACCCUCAACGUAGCCCAAUGCCGCAAAGAACUUAUGAACAACUACCGGACAUCGCUUUGUAUGAUCCAACUAGUUCCCUGGGAUCCUAACUCUCACGUAGACAUGAGCACCAUUUUCACCAAUGUCUGCCUUGUCACGGCAGACACAUCUACUGCCACUAAACAAUGGAUCAUUCUGCCAGGUUCCUACAAUGAUAUCCUGAAGGUUAAGGUCAACAAUGCUAAACCUCUGCGGAUUCUCAUCGAGGGAAAGGCUGGGAGUGGGAAGACCACCUUAAUGUCUAAGCUUGCCUAUGACUGGAUGGAGGAGUCGACAGACUCACCUCUCAAAGAUGUCCCUCUCGUCUUUUGUCUCCAACUCCGUCUUCUCAACCAGGACGAUGACUUCGGGGAGGCUGUAGUUGAGAACCUGCUCCCUGAGGAUACUCUCAUCACUCCACAGCAGAUAGAAGAGUAUUCCCAGGCUAACCCAGAUAAGGUGGUACUUGUUCUUGACGGAUAUGAUGAGUUCAUAUCAGACAUUCAGGGUAUCAAGGGCCUCGGGAACAUCCUUAGAAUCAUCGAGAACAAGCGACUGACUGGAUGUACUGUUAUUGUAACGUCCAGACCGUGGAAGGCUACAGAUUUCAAAGACCAUCAUCUUGCCAAGCACUAUGCUCAUAUGACCGUUGAGGGCUUCUCUGAGGAUAGCACCAAAGUCUUCAUCCGUAAGUACUUCCAAGACAACCUAGAGCUUUCAGACAGCCUUUUGGCUUAUCUUAAGGAUAACCCUGCCAUCCAGACAGUAACACCAUUCCCUCUCUUCUGUGCUAUGCUCUGCCAAGUAUGGAAAGAAGAAAGGGAUGCUCACAGAGAGGCAAUGAAAGAUAUUGUCACACUCAGCAAGCUCUUCGAUCAUAUCUUGAGAUAUCUCUGGGCUCACCACAACCAGAAGCACCUAACUGGACAAUCUUCAAGGAAAGGUAAGGAAUUGUCAAAGAGAAUGACUCUUACUCGGAAGAGGGGAACUUCCGCUUAUAUAAAGAUGGAUAUAGGCGUUUGUCUCAAGAAGAUCGGGAAGAUCGCUCUUGAAGGACUCAUUAGUCCCGAUAAGAAGCUCCAAUUCAGUGAAUAUGACUUCAGGAAAUGCCCCGAUGUCCUUAAGGUAGCGUGCUCUGUUGGGCUUCUUAUCCGUCAGAAGAGUAACCCAACAAGUUCACGAAGAUUAUCAAGACAGGAUUCCAUUCCUCAUCACGGGAUCACUUUCUUCCAUAAAUUGGCUCAAGAAAAGUGUGCUGGAAUUUACUUGUCUUCCAUGUGCACAAAGCAACCAAAGAAAUUCGUGCAAACCCUCAAAGAUGUCUACAUAUUGACCAGAGCAGACGAGUUCCGAUAUGUUCUGCAAUUUGCCUGCGGUGAAGACCUUUACACCGCAAAGAAGAUCCUCCGACACAUGCCGAAUAUCACGCCUUAUCAAAAGUUGGCAUUGGAGUGCAACUUUGAGAGUCAGUCUAAGAUCAAGUCAAACAAGAGACUAUCGAAGUUCUUUGUGACACAACGACUGUUCAUGACCGGAAGACCGUCUGUCUACUCAUUCAACGCCCUUGAAUACUAUAUGAAUAACUGUGAUAUUCUCAGUCCGGAAGAUGUUCCAGUCGCCUUUACAUACUUUUCCACCGAUGGUGUUGGGCCAGCCCAGCUUGGUAAGGUCACCAGCAUCUUGAACCAACCUCAACUGCAGUUUUUAAUCCAGUUUAACAUGGAACAGUCGAGAAUCGAAGGCCCUGAUGUCAAAGGCUUCAUUGACUCACUCUCCCAGAAAGAGUUCAUUGGUGUCCUAAUGAUGUCUUCAAAUGUUGCUGGUCAACAAUUUGUGGAAAGUCUUCUUGAUAUCCCUAAAGAUGGCCUUAAAUCAAUGGUCAUGAUGUACCUGCCAGUGCUCGAUUCCAGGUGGGCCACCGAUAUCCUGAAGAAACUUCCUUCUAUCUGCCCUAGAAUCGGAGCACUGGAAGCUUCUUUCACACCCGAAGAGAUUGCAGAAAGUGAGGAGUCAGAUAACCCGGAGGAAGACACAGGAGCUGAGAUCAUUCCGUGUGACACAGGGGAAUCAUCAUCAACACAAUCAAUGGAAAGCAGAGAUGGUGAAUGCUGCUCAUUCUCUGAACUCGCCACACUGUCGCUUAAGGGGUGUGUUCUCUGUCAGAAAGGAUCAAUGCAACUGGCAUCAACCCUGUCGCUGGCGAAAAAUCUGGAAAAGCUUCACUUGACGAAGCCAUCGUUGCAUUGUUCUUUCUACUCUCAUCUGACCGUCCUUGAAUGUCUUCGUGAGUUCUCUGUAACGGAUUACACAUUCGGAAAGUUCAAUCUAGACAAGUUCCUUGAGAAGUGCCCCAUCUUGGAAGACGUCUAUGUUGCCGCCAUAGAAAACCAUCCACACGAUGUAAAUGGUGUCAUGAAGUCCCUUACCAAUGCAAUAGCUUUCACCCCUGUGCUGAGGAGUAUCACUCUCUGGUUUCCUGGUGAAGGUAGUUACCGAGAUGGUAGGAUAGAGGAUGUGGUCUUCAAGGAGUUCUGUGACGCUAUCCUGCGGACCUCUCAACUCUCAAAGCUUCUCUUAUGGCACGUUCCGCUCGGAACAGAACUGGUUAUGAAACUAUUGGAAGUAUGCAAGCAGCACAGGAAUCUUAUUACCAUCAGGCUGAGUCGAUGUUACACAACGAACUGUGGUCGAAUACCUGAGCUAUGUAAUGAACUGUUUGACAUCGGUCGUCGAGUUUACGUUGCUCAUGGGCACUAGACUGGCCAUGCGAGGAAUCAGCACUAGACUGGCAAUGCGAGAGAUCUACCUUACAUGGCAACACACCCUAGAAUUGAACAAGACGUGAUGCCAGGAAAUGCUCAUGGAAUAAUGUCUAUUAUGUAUUCAUUGUAGUUUACUAUAAAAGUACUGUUUGUCACGGAUAUAUUUUGUUUUGUCCAUCAACAAUGAAUAUUCACUACGAGGUAAAUGAUGUGACUUUGUGAGAGAAAGAAAAGGGAGACGGACAAUGGCAAACCCUCUAUAAUUUUAUUUUAGGGGGUGGGGACAGUCUUGAUGAUAGUACUUACUUGUAUCACUGUAUAUAAGUCGUAAAUCGUUAUUUUUCUAUCAUUACAUGCUGACAAAGUUGGCGCUAAAGAUAUAAGGUGAAGAACAAGUAUUAAGGCAUACAAUAUUCGGUUGAUAAUCUGAACAUGUAUCUGAUAUUGAUGAUACAUUGUACAAUUUGCAAGCUCGUCACUUUCUAUCUCUGUACGUCGAGUUUCCGGUCAUUUUUAUCUUAUUAUUUAACAUUGUAUGUAAAAAUUUACGCCCACAAAAAGGUAUGUUAAGGUAAUCUAAAACCAGUGUCAAGUUGGAAAUGACCGAUCUAGCACCACUGGCGGGUCCAGGGCCGCUCCGUAGCCCCCUUUUGAGAGAGGU